CCUGUAUUUAUCAACAUAUUACAUAAGUGUUUCAGCCUGCCCAUGGCCAGAAAAGAGGAACCCUUCAGGGCUGUACAUAAAUCAAUCGGUCUCUUGAAUUGGACGACCAAGGGCAUUUCUACACUCAACACAGCACUGUGCCAGAGAACUGAAGUCCCAGUCAUUGAAGUCCUCAUGGAGUCUGUCUCCAGCGGUCCACACCGAGCCUCAGGAUUCCUAUCCUCUUUAAAAAGAAGACUAUCUUCCCUGUUGACUUUCCAAUGGGGUGUAUAUUCCAAACCUUCCCCGGCGAACACGUUAGAGGUCUUCAUCCUCUUCUGUUUCUGUCUCGUCAUCGGUGCAGCGAUAGGAGGUCUUCUACACGUCUGGAUGGUCUACAGUCUGAACUACCAGCCCUUUACCUCAAUGGUGGUGUCCAGUACCUGGGGCUGUAUAGUAGUCCUGCUGUUGCUCCUCCUCCACCCCGUCCGCUGUGUCCUCUCUAUGUCAGUGCCCUCCUGGGAACCAAACAG